GAGAGAGAGAGAGAGAGAGAGAGAGAUAAUAUAGUCACACAAACAGGCAAGACAGUCGCACCUUUCCACCAGCACCGGGCGGUGAGGCGCUCCACUCCCUCCUUCCCGAUGCGCCACGCAGGCCUGUUUCCCCACCAGCCGAGGUCUUCACCUGUCUUUUGUCACAAGUAAACACCGUCUUUCAGCUUCUAAAUCCCCGUGAGCGUUACACUGACCCUGCUCCGUUCGACUCCGACACCAGCAGGACUUUCCCGGGCACAAUUCGUCGCGAGGCGCCGGCGGAGAAGCUUGAAAGGUGACUGGUAAGAACAGUGUUGGAAUGCAACAGGGUUAUCAUCUGACCUAAAGGAGAAGGCAAAGGAACCAGAAAGUUAGCUCGCACGUUUUCUGAUCUUCGCUGCACUACAAUGCCUUUUAGGUGACAAUGUCUACACUGAAACACGUUAUUCUACAGGAUAAGGACCAGGACGUUGACAAGAAGCUGGACUGGAAUUACAUUGAAUGGGCUGAAAAUGAAGUUGUUACCACAGGUGUGGCGAAUGCACAGACGCAAACGGACUGGGGGCCCUUUGAGCACAAGGAGAGUCAGACAAGCAACCCAGUCAUAAUGCACCUAAAUCGCACACAGACACACUCCAAACCCAGACAUUCGUCCCUGGUGGAUGCUGACAGCUUGGUAGCACCUUUGUUCCAGUUUGACCGGCAGGCCCCCGGGCGCAUCUCAACGUCUCCCACCUUGAGGAGGAUGAGGAGCACCCGACGCCCUCUGACGUCCCAAGAUUCUGUGAGAAUGGGGAGCACACAAGAGGAGCCUUCAUCUGCUAUCACGCCAUCCCCCGUAAGCCCCCCAUCCCCAGCACACAGAGUCAAGUCUCCUCUUGCAGCAUCCUCCCACUCCGAUGGAGAGAUCUAUCACGGUGGUCAGCCCAUUUCAUCCUCCAGCCAACAGAGAACUAGAUCGCUUAGAUCAAAGACUUUUGACCAAGACAGCACUUCCACAAGACAAGAAUGUCACACUGCUCAUCCUACUCUUAGUAAAGACUUUGGAUUUCCUGAUGUUGAAGUACAGGAGAGCGAGCAUUGUUGUAAUAGGCUUCAAGAAAGAAGACGCAGUUCUGUGGUGGUCAGCUUGCCCGGACUGGAUGUUUCACCAGGAGACCUGUUUGUGUCCAAUGGCGCAGCUGACAUAUUAAACGGUUCCAAUUUCUCUGAUUCAAAGAAGUCAAAGUGGCCUUUUUCCAGGCGUAAUACGGCCAAAGGGAAGCCGCAGAUGGGCACAGUGUCAGAUAUUGAAAAAUAUCUCUCUACAGCACAGAUUCAAGACUGGAGAAACUCUGACCUUCAGAAAUAUAAGGACUACUCUCUGGCAGAGUUCCUGCAGGACCAGUCCUCCCAGGUGAGCACUGCCUCUGACCCUGAAGGCUUCAAGAGACAAGAGGCCAUCUGGGAACUCUUCACUAGCGAGUGUGUUUACUUCCUGGAUCAGCUUAUGGUCCUCAAAGAGGUGUUUUUGGCUACACUCACAGACCUGCAAAUGAGGAACUGCCUCACUGAUGUUGACCCCUGGAGGAUGUUUGCAAACCUGAGCGAGCUUUGCCUGGUGAGCUUUAGUUUCCUGAACAACCUCCUCCGCGUCAUCAAGAACACGCUGGAGAGCAGCGCGGGUGGCGGGCCCGCCCUGCUGCAGCUGCUGAGCAAGGCUUUCCAGGAGAGCAUAUGUCACUGCAUGCAGAAGUACUGUCUCAACUACUCUACGGCUCUGCUUUAUCUGGACAGCCUGAAGCACAGAGAAGACUUUGGAUCUUAUUCAAAGUGGUGCGAGAGGAAUGAACAGUGCCGGAGGCUGCAACUCCGUGAUCUGUUGGUGGUGCCGCUGCAGAGGUUAACUCGCUACCCGCUGUUGUUGCGGAAUAUUGCGAAGAGGUGUCAGUUGGAGGAUGAGACCAGGGGCCUCCAGGCAAUAGUAGAGCAAGUGGACACAUGUAUAUGUGAUUUAGAAGGAAAGGUCAAAUGGCUGGAUAACUACCAGAUGGUGAAACAGUUGCGAGAUGCCCUGGUGUGGCUUCCUGUAUGGGAGAGAGACAAGCGUGCCUUCAUUCCUGAGAAUCUGAAACACCUCUUGAAGACCGUCACUCUGGAAAAUCUCAUUUCUCAUAGAAGUCUGCUACAUGACGGGAAGCUGGUUCUCACAGAGAACACAAAGCUGAUAGAUGUGUAUCUGUUCCAAAAAAUCCUGCUGAUCACAAAGAUAAAGAGAAACAAGAAGAGGUUCAGUAGCUCAGAGCAGAAUCCUCUGAGGCUGCCGCAGAACCAGGAGCUGGAUCAGCUGCUGAAGGACGGGUGCACCUUCACAGUCCUUGACCAGCCCGUGUCUCUGGAUCGACUCCAGCUCAAGAACAUCGCCUCAACAUCAGGGCUGCCUCAUUCUUUCAUAAUCAUGCACCAGAACCGCUACCAGCAGUGUAUCGGUGCGUUCAUCCUGCAAGCUGCGUCAGAGUCUGCCAAGAGAGAGUGGAUGGCAAAGAUAGAGGCUGCUGUGACAGCACUGCUGAAGCUGGACUCUCAACAGCGGCGUGCCAAGAGCUCCUCGCUGUGGCUGGAGUCAUCACAGAUAUGACCCAUCAGACAGCACUAGAAGCCAUCUGAAAUGCCUUUACUCUCAAUGUGCACUUCACUGCCCCUUUCCAGUGAAUGACUGUGCUGGCACUAGGAUAAUUUUCGUAAACUCAAUGUUUGCCUUUGAAGGCAGCUGCUGCAGUAGUGUACAAUGAACAUGUGAUUGUCUAGUAAAAGUUAUACUUUAGAAUAUACUUUGAAUUUCAAAUACAAGGUCUCUUUGUGAAAAAGGUUAUGAAUUUAGUUGUGUGUGUGUGUGUGUAU